UCUCCCUUAAUCCCAUUUGCCAUUGUACAUGCCCAAUCGCCUAUACUUUCCGCAUUUAACUUGGAUGACAUUUUUAUUUCAUCAUUAGCAUCAGACGCCAGACUGACUGACACGGUGGACACAGUUUGCGUUUUGACGAAAAGAGCCCGGGAUGAGACCAUCUCCAUGUUUGUGCAGUUUUUUUCCUACCUUUCCAACACCUGAUUUUAUGAUUUUUCGAGCCUAGGAGGACGUGCGUUUUGACGCGCUCUCCGGGUGUGAAAUCCAGUUUCCGAAGAAUAAUAAAAGCAGGAACUCCUCGUAUAGACCGGGAUACCGACAGUCUGUAAGUUGCUUUUCUUCCCUCCCUCGGUUUUUUUUUUAAUUCCUACUUUCGUGGUCCCUCUGCGUUCAGACCACAAACCACAGCGAUGCCAGAGACAACGCAAGAGACGUGCGCUUCGGCCAAGGACUCUCCUUUCUUUAUUAAGAACCUGCUGAACUGUGAUAGCAAACCGUCCAAGCCCAAACCCGUACUGGCUGCCACUAAGGCGGCCCUUGAGGGAGGAUUUUCCCUUUCCCAGGUCGGGGACUUCAACUUUCCACGCUUUGACCUGCCCGCUCAGAGGUUCAGUCUACCGGCUCACUACUUGGAGCGCACGUCGGCGUGGUGGUACCCCUACACCCUGAGCUCAGCCGCACACCUACACAGAGCCGAAGUCACCGAGAAACCAGGAGCCAGAGACUCCUCUCCAACCUCGGGCACAGACAGAGACUCUCCGGACCUGGUCCUCAAAUCCGAACCAGACACCAAAGACGACGACGAGGACGAUGAGCACAACAACAACAAGAGCAGCGACGAGAUCAUCCUGGAGGAGAGCGACACGGAGGAAGCCAAAAAAGACGAGCUGGAGGAGUGGAAGAAGCGAGACGACGACAAGAAGCCGUGCCGCAAGAAGAAGACGCGCACGGUUUUCUCUAGGAGCCAGGUGUUCCAGCUGGAGUCCACCUUCGACAUGAAGCGCUACCUGAGCAGCUCGGAGCGGGCCGGCCUGGCCGCGUCGCUCCACCUGACGGAGACCCAGGUGAAGAUCUGGUUUCAGAACCGGAGGAACAAGUGGAAAAGGCAGCUGGCCGCGGAGCUGGAGGCCGCCAACCUGAGCCACGCCGCGGCGCAGAGGAUAGUCCGGGUGCCCAUCCUCUACCACGAGAACUCGGCCUCGGAGAGCGGAGGCGCCGCUGCCAACGUGCCCGUGAGCCAACCGCUGCUCACCUUCCCGCACCCCGGGGUGUACUACUCCCAUCCCAUCGUCACAUCAGUGCCGCUGCUCAGACCGGUUUGAAAAUAAGACGAGUUUUGUGGCACGAGUUGGUGUCCAUUUCCGAAAUUAACUCAUCACAAAAAAGUCAAAAACAACAACAAAAAAAGUUACAAAAAAAAAAGACAGAAUAUUUUUAUACUUCUGAGUGAAUGAAGAAAGAAAAAAAUAGCAAGAGACUGUCACUGUCAGGCCUACAUGGACCUAUUUUGGCAAAUAUUUUGUGUCAUUUUCCAUAAGGGUGCCGUUUACACGUGAUCCGACAAUUUAAAUCCCAUUAUUAUUAUUAUUAUUAUUAUUAUUAUUAUUAUUAUUAUUAUUAUUAUUAUUAUUAUUAUUAUUAUUGAGCAUCACCUCAGGAGUUCACCUGCUUACACUGCCUGAUGAGUGUCUUUUUCCUGUUUUUUCUUUCCUACUUUUUACAUCCUGCCUGUUGCUGGACAGGUCAACUCUGUGAUGUACGAGAAAAGAAAGAAAGAAAAAAGAGAUUACUUUGUUUACAAAAACUGUCGGUUUAAAUGCGGCCUACUUUUCAUCCAGCACAUUUGAUUUAAUUUCCAUUUCCAGAAUUGAUCACAAAAUGACGUGCAAUACACUGACGGUGUGCUGUGAAUGAAUGAAUCCACCAAAACAUACAUGUUUUGUCAUCUAUUCAUGCUGGAGGCUUUGCUGUAAUUUUUAUUUUUAUUUUUAUUUUUUUUGCUUUUUAAAGCCCUUGACGGGGGACAAUCAAGACACUCUGAGCUGUAAAAUACCCAUGUAGCUUUAUGUUUAGUUUUAGUAGUUCCUACUCUUGUUCCCUCUGACAUGGACACGUCUUUCAAGCACAAGUGUGAGGUCCAGCGUCUCCUGAGCUUUGUGGUUUUUUUGAACAGGGGCGGCAAAAAUACCGACUACACUGGUGUACAAAAUAUGUAAAUGUAUAUAUUUAAUGAGGCACGGGGAGAGGGGGAUUCCUCAUACGGCUCCUCCUUUGUACAGAAAAAAAAACAAUGUUUUGAUAUUGUAUUGCUGAACCAUGUUGUGAAAUAAAUGGAGAUUAUUCCUUAA